CUCCAACCUUUUCACGACUGUAAGUAUAGUUCGAAAUUGUGCUUACUAAAAAAAUCAGCCUGGAUGGAUGAAGCUGACAGUCACGGAUCGGUAAGGUGAGGGGAGAGCACUGGUCGAACGUGUGAACGGAGUUACAUCACGGCUCAGGUUAUGAUGGCUACGGUGACAGAGGAAGUGGGUUCGCCAUCACGCUCAGAUGACAAUGCUGAAGAUGGAACCAAGAAUAAAGGUGUCAGUUCCAACGAUGAGGCAGGUGGUACCGAUAGCGAGACAACCAAGGAGGAGGAAGGAGAAGAUGAAGCGGAGAUUAUGGUCUGCUCCUCCCUGAAAUUGGACCAUCGUCUCCAGCGGAUGCUUUUCCAAUUGGAGGACGAAGAGAACGCGGACCAAGCUGCGGCAGCGGACGCGCAGAGCCUGUCCCAGAACUUGGUCAAGUUCAAGGACGAUCUGUGCGGUUGGGUGCCGGAUCCUAGUGUGCAAUACCGGCGGCCGGCCGCCGAGAAGCCCGCUCCCAGAGCCGGCGGCCGCACCGGGACGAAACCGGACGCGGCGAGCGCCCCGUCGAGGCGGCUCCUGAACUGCCGCAACCAGUACGGCCAUUCCAGCCAGCAGACGGCCAGCAACCCGGACUACGAGUUCAAACACUACAGCAACUACAGGAAGUACUGCGAACAGUACCGCCGGUACAACACGUGCGGGGGUCCCUUACAGAAGCUGACCCAAUCGGCGUUGGGAGGCCGGCCCCGGACCAUCUACUACGCCGGCGAAGCCACGGCAGAGGCAGGCGUGGAGGUGGUUCAUUCAAACGCAGGGCGCAGUUCCGAGGAACCGUUCAGCCGGUCUGGGCCGGGCGUGGGCGGCCAGGUGCUUCGCAGGGCCCGGGUCUCCGAGAAGCCCAGCACGACCUCUCAGCCCAUUAUCUCCUACAGCGAGAUCUCGGUGAACUCGCCGCGCUACAACCUGAUGUCGGAGCAGUCCCAGCGGAAAGCCAGAGCCCUUCAGUAUUACCCCAACGGCCUGGAGUGGGCGCAGCACCCCGACCCAAGCCCGGGGUACAGCCCCCAGCGGAGCGGAGCCAGCCUUGGUAAGCACCCGGCCGCCGGAGCGCAGCCCCCGGGGCAGUGGAAUGUGGAGAUGAACGAGCAGACACUGACCGUUUACACGUCCAAACCUCCCGGGAGCCUGCCGGCGCCAGCCCGUCCAGCCACCCCGCCCAAGCCGCACUUGCCAUUCUUCCCAAGCCAGCAGCCUCUCCGUCAACUCCACAAGGCCAGAGCAUCUCUGACGCCCCCUGGUCUAAACCCCGCCAACGACCCACUGUCGAGCGGGUAUGCACUCGACAGAUCACUCGGCCACCCAGCCGGCUAUUCCACUGGAAUUUCUCGUAACCCGGUUCCUCAUCGAGAUUUCUACUCGCAACUCAUGCACGCCGCUCACUGCCUCAGCCUAGCGGCCAAGUCUCCCAAAGAUUUUGAUUUCGAACUGCCACGCUGGCCGACCUGCACCUCACAUAAUGAAAACAGCAAGUGCACCCUCAACCCACCACAGUACACCUCACACCUGGAGAAACCUCCCACGGGCUCCCCGUCCACGUCGUCACCGUAUACCAGGACCAUGCAGGUCCAGAUGACCGGUAGGGCUGUGACCGCAUCGCCAACCUCCACCCAUCACUCGUCGGGGUCGACUUCACGGCCCUGCCAGCAGCAACACCCGCUACACCAGAGUGCCUGGAAAUCGUCCACGCAUCCGCUGGGGAAUCCCACCUCUGCCACCACCGAGACCCACUACAUUACCAUCGAGGCGCCCACCUGUUCCCCCUUCGACGUCACCAGAUCCGCUGCCAAGCAGGCUAGGCGGGCCGCGGACGAGGACGCAGGGGCGAGCAAGGCCGCAUCUUACCGCGUGACGCUUAAGGAGAAAGCGGUGGUGCCGGACAUCAAGGAAAAGACAUCGGUAGAUAUGGUGGCCGAUGCCAACAGGCCGCUGGCAGUCUGUGAAGUGACUUGGUUCUGACGUUCACCGCUGUUCCAUCCCGCCAAAUACUCUUGCCAGUUCGGAGACUAUAACAAGGACAUGAAACUUAGACAAGAAAUUUUAUUUAUAACCUAAAUCAUGAUGCCUAGUUGGCGGAGGUAAAACUAUGCUCCUUCAACUUUUGAAAAGAGCAACGCUUUUGGGUGCUCGGUACUUCAGAAAAGUAAUCAUAAUUUGAAAUUUGUCUUGUUUUCAAGUGCAAAUCGUGUUUUGGCAGAGAGUGAAACUGAAGCCUGGUCAAAUCAGAAAUUCUCAACAUUUUGCUCUCUAAAAUUCUGUUCUCGUCUGUGAACUGUUAGAACACAUGCAAGAUUGUGAUUUCUUUAACAAACGACGGGUGGCCAGUCCUCUUAUGGCUCUGAUGUGUUUACUUAUGGUCUUCGUUAUCAAGCAAUAUUUGCAGUAAUCAUAAAAUUUCUCAAAUCAAAUUUUCUAAAAUUUCCAUUAUGUCCAU